AUGGCGCGACCUCGUAGGAGGCUGAGGCCAGCGUGCUUUGUGAGAGUUGUGACUGUUGGGGCUGCUAUUGCAACAAUUGCGCUCUCACAGAAUUGGCGGCACAUAGGUCAAGGAAGUCAAGAGGCCAGUGUACUGUCAGCGGCAUUCUCUGAAGUGGCAGGCCAAGCCAGAAAGUCCAGUCCAGCCGACGUCAGACCAGAGGAACAGAGCCUCACAAAUGAAGAUUGGUGGGAAUCUGACUUCGAAAACCACAUUGAGCAGGUCUCUCCGGUAGAAUAUCAGCUUCAUGCUGGAGCUGGUGCCAGCCAUCCUGGUGAGCUGCAUCUCAACGCAGCUGGCCGCAUUGCAAAAGGCAGAUGGGCUACACCAGAUGAGUGGCAGUUGGAAUACCAAAAGCGUUUGCCCUCAUUGGCGCCCAAACUAUGGGGGUGGCAUCCAAGCUUCCGCAGCAGUCUUGCCAAGAGAAGUUAUGGAGCUUCACUCCGUUGGUCCAAGGCGCUGCUUCGUGAAGGGAAAGAAACGCAACCCGACGGCACGGGCUUAGAUGUAAAUCUUGAGACUGCCAUGCAGGCUCCCCGAGACUCCAAAGCUGAGAAAGAGUGGGAGCAGCGAGCAGAAGUCGUGUUCGGUCCUCGCGCACAGGCAAAAUAUUUGAACUUUAGUCUGCCAGUUGGAAUCAAAGUGGGUACUGUCAUUUCAUCAAAGCGGCAGGAGGGGGAUUCUGCGGAGAACGGUGUGUCAUCCAGAGCUCCAACAAUCUACGCAGAUAUCUCCUGGCCUGGUUUGAACGAGCUUCAAGGUUGGCUGGUUGAAGCACAGACGCUUCACCGUCGAUUGGGUGCCUGGACUGGGCAGAUGCGCCGGGGCUGGAGAAGCAAGGAGGUGCCAGAUCCAAAAACUGAUUGGUCUUUGCAGCACUUCCAGCAAUAUCGACCUUUUCGGCUGCCUUCCUUCGUCGGUGAUAGCAUGGCUUCCGCUUCGUCCUUUCUUCAAGGUUCUUUCAGCCGCUUGUUGGAGAGAUCACCCUACCAUCAAAUUCCCCGACCAGCUCCACGACCAGCUGUGAUACCUGCAACCAAGCUCAGAAUCGGCAGCGGUGGACCUGGUGCACUUCUAGGCCUACAAAGUGCUCAGUCGGGUCUUGGGGGCUCUGGGUUUGAUGGUGUUGUGGAAGUGAGCAAACUUGGCUGGGGUGCCAAGAUGGCAGUAGCCCUGGGUGUUGCUGAUGAAGGCUUUGGCCAACCUCGGUAUGCCAUCACGGCAAGCGGAGCUUGGCAUAACAAGACUUCUAUCCUGCACGAGCUUAAGUGGAUGCUGGCAGAGGGCCAGUGGGCAGGAAUAACGUUUCAGAAUGGUGGACCUGGAAGGCCACCACGAAUCAAUGCGGCUGUAGAGCUGGUUCGUUGA